AUGCAGCAAGGGAUAGGAUUUGGACACGUGGAAAAUGAUCGUGAAGCUGUUAGCAGGAGAAGCUCGCGCGUGAAAUUGACUAAUUCUAGUAUCAACUCUAUUUGUGGAACUAUUGAAGGAUCUCAGUAUGUUCGGUCAAUUCUUAUUUUCACGAAGGAAAACUUAUCUGAAGACUUCACCAGGAGCUUGCUUGCAAAAUACACGCGGUUGAAGGUGCUUGAUUUUGGAUAUGCUAGAUUAACUGAAGUCCCUGAAAAUUUGGGGAGUUUAAUCCACUUGAAGUAUCUAAGCUUCCGGGGUACAUCCAUAACCCGUCUUCCGAAAUCCAUUGGUAAGCUCCAGAACUUGGAGACCUUAGAUGUACGAACAGGACUGAAGGUUGAAGUGCCAAAGGAGAUUACCAAGCUGAGAAAGCUACGUUAUCUUUUGGGUAACCCAAUAUCCAUUGCAGUGAAGGAUAGUCUUGGAAGCAUUACAUCCCUGGAAAAGAUGCAUGUAUUAACGGAUCCAGAUGGAGUGGUGAUUAGACAUCUAGCAAAACUAACGAAGUUAAGGGAUUUGAGGGUUUCUAAUGUUAAGGGAGAUUAUGCCAACACUCUUUGUUCCUCAAUAAACGAGAUGCCACUCUUGGAGCGAUUACAUAUUACCUUAAAUUAUGGUCCUCAAGAAAUUGACUUGCACAUUAGGUCAUCCUUGUCUAAACUAAGGAUGCUUCACCUUCGUGGCAAUUUAAAAGAGUUCCCAAAUUGGAUUCUGCCGCUCGAAAAUCUUUUGAAAUUGUCUUUGGGUCAAUCCAUGUUAACUAACAUUCCUUUGAUAUCUCUGGGAAAUAUGCCAAAUUUGUUGAUCCUCUCUUUUGGCCCCACUUCUUUUGAAGGAGAAACUUUGCAUUUUCAAAAUGGAGGAUUUCAAAAGCUAAAGGAACUAAACCUCGUACAUUUGCAUCAAUUGAGUUCCAUCUUUAUUGAAAGGGGAGCACUGCAAUCUUUGGAAAAGCUUCAGAUAAUGAAUAUUCCACAACUGAAGGCUGUACCCUCUGGCAUUCAACACUUGAAGAAACUCCAAGUUCUCGACAUCUUAUAUAUGCCAACUGAGUUUCUGCAGAGGAUUGACCCCAAUGGAGGAGAAGAUUAUUUCAUGAUCAAACAUGUGCCCCAUCUACAUGUUGCCAGGACAAAUAGUGAUUUUCUCUGA